AUGGCUACAACACCUCUAUCAUCUACAAUGUCCCAACCCAUCGUCGCGCCUUUCCUGCCACUAGAGAUCUUGACAAUGAUCGCCGAUUACGCGGCGGAACGAGAUGACAAGGAUGAGAAACUAGGCCCAUAUGCACUGGUUUCCAAGGCCUGGCAAGCAGUAUUCGAACCACAUAUCUACAAGUCUCUGAAAGUACUCAGCCCUUCAGAGACCACAACCAUCUCCCUCGGAGUGGACGGCAAUUAUGGAGUGUUUGACAAAUGCGGCAUCACCUUGGAAAGACUUUCCGCUGUCACUGGAGGGCCAGAAAGGUGGUGUCGUGCCCGCCGGGCGGCCAUCCGAAGUAUCGCUUACCACGUCGCUGUGCCGCAUCAUGGAUACGACCACAUGGUUGGAGUCGGCGAGACUUUACCAAGCGAUCAAUACGACUCGAAUGUCGCUGAGGCCGUACCUGUUGACGCCGGGAACAACACCCCACGAUUCUUGCCAACCUUAUUAUACCACAACAGCUCCGCCGAUCAGAAUGACGAAGCCUUUACGAGUGGUGUGGCAAGUCUUUUCGACCUACUUUCUACCUGGACAGAUCAAAAUUAUCCCUUCUCCCUGAGCAUCGCCCUCCAGGCAGAGAAUAUAUACACGCUGCAAAACGAUGAAAGUGAGGAGAGAAAUUAUAACAACUGCAUUGGAGAGUACGGGGCAAAUUUUUCCGCAGGUUUCAAGCUGCGAACAGUCAAUUGCAUAUCUUCCUUGGAGUUUCCACAGGAGUGGAGUCCUGUACCGAUCAACUACAUUCGAUCGGAUUAUAACGGCCGUGAAACGCUUUGGACAUCGCCGUUUGCAGCUCAAAGCUGGAUCCAUCCAAAUGCAGCAUUAUUUAUUGCUUCAUUUUGCCGGGGACAAGCUCUGAGCGAGAUCAGAAUACAUGGCUCACCCCUCAUACCCGAAGCUGAGCGUGCGUUGGUUAUGCAGCGUCGAGAUUCAAUCGCCGACAUGAUUUCGAGAGUCCCACGCAGUGUGCGUGUCUUCCAUCUCCAAUGCCGACCUGAUGAGAUGGACAUAAACUACCUAGGCCCCUAUCGUCCCGCUCCUCCCCGCUUCGAUCAUCUCCCGGAUCCCCUAUCCCAGAGUCUUCGGGUUCUUUCGACACAAUUGAAGAGUCUGACCAUCAGGGGGCUGGAAGUACUGCCUCAAUUAUUCGAUCGGGUGGAAGGAGACUCCUGGCCCCUUUUGGAACAUCUCUGUCUCGAGCAAAUACCCAGAACUCUCUUCGAUGAUAACUCCUACUUGCGCCCUCAAUCUGUCCUUCAGGAGUUCUAUUCGAAUCUAGGCCGUGCGGCAUGCAGAAUGCCUCGCAUCAAAUUUCUUCUGCUAUCAUAUGGGGAGGAACAACAAGGAUUGAAAUUUGAGGCGCGGGAUAGUCGUUGUCUGGAGAGCUUGGAGAGCGCAUACGGUAAGGAAGUACCCGAACCCGUGGGGACCACCAUCGGAAGGUUUGUCGGACUGUUCGGAAGCCGUAUGGGAUUCUUGGCCGUUCGAAUGAUUGCAGAUAUUGUGCAAUAUGUGUCGCACCCAGACUUCAUGACGGCAUGCAUCUUCUGA